GGAACUUAAAAUUCCGGAUACUAACGUCCUAAGUAUGCGUAUCAUAGUAAACAAUUAGAUCUGCAAGCCACAUAAUCCAUGAUGAUGGAUAUAAAGUGAAGCAAGAGUCCUUCAAGAAACCAACAUCAACAGCAUCAACUCUCGACAAGAACUUUCGACAUCUCGACAAACAUCACAUCACAUCACUACACCAAACCACCUUCCAACACUAACUACCACCCGCCUGAAUUCAAACACAUAAUCCCCUCAAAUUAAUCCACUCAAAAUGCAAUUCCGCAAUCCCCUCUCCCUCCUCACCCUUCUUCUCACCUCCACCCAAGCCAUCCAAGUAACCUACGACUCCGGAUACGACAACGCCGCUCGAUCCCUCUCCGUCGUCUCCUGCUCCAACGGUCCCAACGGUCUCGAAACCCGAUUCCCCCAAUACAAAGUCCAAGGUGAUCUCCCCACCUUCGCCCGCAUCGGCGGCGCAUCCACAAUUGCCGGUUGGAACUCGCCCAACUGCGGUACUUGCUAUACUUUAACGUACCAAGGCGUCUCAAUCAAUAUCUUGGCCAUCGAUACCGCGGCUACCGGGUUUAAUAUCGCCGAGAGCGCGAUGAAUACUUUGACUAAUGGAAGAGCCGUUCAGUUGGGGAAUAUUGAUGCGGAUUGGACUUUGGUGACCCCUGAGGAGUGUGGGUUGCCGGCUGAGGGCGGUGGAUCACCGUGUAAGGCUUAGAUUUGGGGAUGCUGGGGAUGGAAGGGUAUUUUGGGAGAAUGGAUUAUGGGAGGGUAAACUUUGAUGGAGCGAGGAUGGUUUUUUUGGUGUAGUGGUGUGAUGCCUGAUUUGUUUAGAUGAUCGAUACACCUUUGAUUGUUUCACUGUUCAAUCUUUA